CGGAAGAUCGGGGAGAGUGGGGACGCGAAGACCACGGAAGGAGUGUGCGUGGACGAGAUGGGCGGAGUAACGAGAGCGAGCCGCCACGAAGGCCUCCACCGGUGGUGUGCUUCGGCUGCAAGGUCGUUGGCCACUACUGCAGUGACUGCUGGAGGUUGUGAACCAAUCCCGAGACACAAAGGCAAAUGGAGGCUGACGGAUAUCGAUGCCCACCUGAAUAUCAGCGCCGUGGGCGCUCGAGCUCGCCGCAAUCCAGCCGUGGCACAGCUGUUAAGCGGUCCCCGUCCGAAGGACCCAAGAUCAAGAGCCGUACCGAGGAUCUUGAGAGGACCGUUGAAGCCAUGAAGGCCUUUGUCGACACCGAGAUGGCCCGCCGUGCCGAGAGGGAACGGAAGAAACAGGAGAAGGCAGAGGCCAAGAAACGCGAAGAGGAGGAACGAGCCGCUUUGGAAGCUGCGAAGCGACUGGAAGAAAUGAAGAAACAGAGGAGACUGGAGAAGGCGCGGAAGCAAGAAGAAGAACAGGAAGCCAUGGCGAAGGCGAUUGAAGUGUCGGUCGGACUACGCUUUGGGACUGUAGACGACCGGCUUAAGAAUAUUGUGAGGGAAGUGCUGUUGGAGAAUCAAGCACUGGCGAAGGACAAAGGGAAGGCACCGGAAGCGAUCGCAUCUACAUCUGGCGAGGCGAAUGAAAGCGCGAUCAAAGUCAUCACCAAGAGCACUGAAGGCCUGCAGAUGACCGAGAAACGUAAACGCGGUGAAGACGCACCUGUGGGCGACAGUCCACCCGUCGUCACCCCGGCCAAGCGUACCACGAGGAGGGUGAGCAUGAGACCUUUGCGUCUAGCCAAGAAGCUGCGGACGCGACCUAUGGUGAAGAAGACGAGCCUGCUGCGACUCAAUCGCAGAGCUUUGACAGCUGUAAAGACAACGCUCCGGGACUCGACGUUGGAACGCAUGCAGUUCCUUGAAGCUACACGCUUCCCUUACCCACGGGUAAGAGGGCACGUGCGCUGCAGACUGCAGGAGCUGGAGGGAAUUCCUGACUUGGCCUUGAACGCCAAUAACGUGCCUUUAGCUCGACAGCAAGACCGAACAAGUAGAUUAUGCUCUGAAAUUGUCGAUGGGUUUCGUCAGUGGGUAAAUGCGAAAGGGCAGGUGAUAUCCUGCACGGCAUCUGAAGUGGUUAGAUGCAUGCAGCCGAUUGCGCUGGAAGAACGUGGUUACCUGGACAAGGGUGCUGUACUGGACCUCAAAGCAAGGCUUGAUGGCCUGGUCUUGACCCCUUUGGACAGGAACCCGGGAGUAACUCUUGUGAUAUGUCCGGCCCUGUACUACCAGGGUAUGUUCGAUUUGUUCAUUCGGAAUGAUGGCUACGUUCCCAUUGUGGGAUCCGAAUCGGAUGUUAUGGCUGCAACGAGGGAGUGUUUGAGGAAGGAAGGCCUGCUUGCCUUUGGUAAGUGGGAUGGGAAAGGGCAUGUAGGGAAGGCCUAUGCUCUACCGAAGCAUAAGGACCUCGAUUGGUACAGACCGAUAUGCCCGACGUUCUCUGAGCCAACCGCGAGAACGGGUAAGGCGGUAGCGAAGGGACUGAACCACUUACUGUUCACACUGCCACAUGACUUGCAUUUUAAUUUGAAAGCAGUGUCAUCACUGACUAGCCGUCUUGAGGCUGUCAACAGGAAGUGUGCACGGCAAGGUAGCGGGGCAAUAUUGACUGCACGGUCCUACGACAUCAAGGACAUGUUUAGCCAGUUACCGCAUGAUGAGAUCUUACAGGCAGUUGACUGGGUUAUCAAGUGGCACAAGGAGAAGGGGAGGCAGUUCGUGCGUGUGAACACACGCGGACGGGGGUCAACGUUUGGACUGACGACUGGACAGGACCACUGGCGACUACUUGAGUUCGAUGACGUCUUCAAUUUCAUCCGGAUUGAUCUGAGACACACAUAUACCUUUGCUUUGAAUGUCCUGCUGCAGCAGCGAAUCGGUAUUCCGAUGGGCAAGAGUACAAGCCCACCUCUUGCUUGUAUACUCUGUGCCCAUGCUGAACACAAAUUCCUCUGUAGCUUAGGGACAAACAGGCAGAGGGUGUUUGGUGUCCGUCUAGUCGAUGAUGUGAGCUUGAUCAUCGCCAGUAAGACACCAACUGAGCAGGAAGUCGAUGGAAUCUGGCAACGUUUUGAAGAGUGUUAUCCCUCUAACCUGUCCCUCAAACGUACGGAUGAUGGGACAGGCAAGUGGGACUUUCUCGGUUGUGAAGUGAAGAUUGAUCCCACGAUGAAGCAAGUUUUGAGUGUGCAACUGACGAAGAAUGAGAAGACACUAUGGACUUCUGAGAUUCUUGAGUUCAAGAACGGGCAAUCCUAUUGCUCGUAGGGCAGCAAGUCACAGAAAAGUGCAGUUAUUGCCGGACACCUGCACAGAAUCGACUGAAACACCUCUGC